UUUGUCAAUGCACUGCUGUAAUGUGAGUUGAAAUUCAAAGAAUACACUAUUUAACAACUUAUAAUCUCCUGUGAUCCCCCCUAGAUUACAAAAGGUACACAAAUACAGUUCUCUCUCUCCUUCAUUGGGGGCUUGAGUUCUCUCCCUACUUUUUUAUCUCUCUUUUUUUCCCCCUAUCUUCUCUCUGAACGAGAUGAAAAGAUCAAUGACCCAAAAAGAUAGCAAUCCAUGGCGAGUCAAGCCGAACCCAACUUAACUCAGAAACAGCUCCCACCAUCCAACUCAGUGACUCCGGGCACGUAAAAAGCUCGGAUUGCUGCUCAAGGUCGUCAGCUGUUAAGACAAGGGUAAAUUUAAGGUUUUUAUAUCUGGGUAUCUUAAACCUGCGAAGAUUAUAAGUUGGUUUUAUCUGGGGUCAAAAAGGGGGGUUUUUUUGAAGCAUUUGCCAUGGGUGAGGAAACAUCUGAUACAAUGAAUCUUGAUUUGAAUCUGGGUCCUGCUCAUGAGACAGGGUCAGGAUCACUGUCGAAUGAAGGUGUGAAUUGGGAUGAUUUGGUUGAUAACCGGUUUGAUAGGAUUAGAGAAGCAGUUAGGCUUAGGCGAUGGAGAUGCCAGCGGGUUCGAAGUCCUGCUGCAACUCAGAACCUCUCUGUGGAAUUGGAUCAAUUUAUGGGGAAUUCAGGCAAUGUGAGUACGUUACAGUCAGGUGAGGGCAGUGUUGCUGCCGAGGAAAGAACGACUGAUGUACCCAAAUCAUUUGAAACUACCAAUGGGUUUUUGGAGGAUGAGGUUUCAGAAAAACGGGAUGAUAUUGAGAAGGGUCUCAGCAAUGAUGGGAGUUUUUUUUAUUGUAAUAUAUGCCUGGAUUUGGCUCGCGAACCUGUUGUAACUUGUUGUGGUCACUUGUUUUGUUGGUCUUGCCUCUACCGGCUACAUGUGAAUUCAGAUGCGAAGGAAUGUCCUGUCUGCAAGGGAGAGGUGACAGUUAAAACUCUGACCCCAAUAUAUGGUCGGGGGAACAUUUCCCAUAAGCCAGAAGAGGACGCAGGUCUUAAAAUCCCUCCUCGGCCCGCUGGACAACGGGUGGACAGUUGGAGGCAAACUAUUCAAAGGACUUCUUUAAAUCUUUCUGUGGAGGAGAUGAUUCGCCGCCUUGGAAGCAGAUUUGAUUUGACCCGUGACCUGACUCCACCAGUGGAGGCCAAUGGUACCCGGGAAACUACAGAAAGAACUAAUUCCGUCCUUAAUAGGAUUUUGAUGUCUGCUGGAUUGCAUGGAGAACAAAAUACAGUUGCGUCCCUUGAUGAUGUUGACUUGACACCUAGCAGUGUAACUGGUACUGAUGUUGUGUCCUCACGGAUUCAUUCUUUUUACCUUCAACAACGACAACUACAUUUGCGAAGAGCUGCAAGACUUACUUCUCUGUCAUCGGCACUUAGAUCAGCAGAAAGGUUGGUUGAGACAUAUUUUCCAAGCAACCCAGUGGGAAGAAAUCAGGAGCAGCCACCACCAAUUGAUGAUAGAGAUUCUUUCUCAAGCAUUGGCGCUGUAAUAAACUCGGAGAGUCAAAUGGACACUGCUGCUGAAAUAGACUCUGUGGUAUCACUUUCAGCUUCAUCUUCUGGAAGAAGAAAUGAUGCUUCCAGGGUUUUGGAUGUUGACAGUGGCGACUCUCGUGCCCAUAGAAGGAGACGACUAAAUUAGGAACUAGAAAGACUUUUAUCACAUCUCAUGUCCCUGGAACUGCUCAAGGAUAGUUUUAGCUGCAUUCCAUAUAUAUUGCUUUUACUUUACAUAGAAUUCAGCUUUUUGACCAGAGUGAUCAUAAAGCUCUCAAAUAUAUUAUGCUCACAUUAUGUGAAUUGAAAUGUUAUCAUCCUUUCCUAUGGGUCCGUCCUUCAUAUUGUAUGGCAAAACAAAUUUGUACGGAGCUAGUAGACCCAUCUUCAUUCUCGCGGUACAUAACCAUGCAAGCUUCAUAUAUCUGAUUAUCUUUGCUUUCA